AAAAUUCUCGGAUGUAAACAAUCGGAGCACGUUUAAAGGCUGAGACUACUCCAGAAAAGCUUUUAGAAUUAAAGAAAUACCUAAAGGAAAGAAAGUCUCUGCAAAGAUGGCUCGAGGUCGAGGGGGUGGAGGUUCCCGAGAUCGAGGCAGGAGACCUUUUGGAAGAGUGGGAAGGAAAAACACAGAUGACCUUGCACGGAAGCGGAGACAGUAUCAGGAAUUUGGAGAAGCCCAUCCAGUAGAAGAAAAGGAUUUAAACCUAAAGAGAAGAAAGGUGGAAGACACAGAGGAAACCUUAGAGGAUGAACAUCAGUCUGAGUCAUCUGAUGACAGUUCAUCCAGUGAGGAUGAAGCAGGUGCUGGUGAUGCAGUUUCAAGACUUCUUGCCACUUUCAACACCACUGCCCACAAGGCCAUUGACAGUGAUGAAGAGGAGGAUGACAGUGAAGAUGAUGAUGAAGAUGAAGACGAUGUUGAGGAGGAAGAGAGGGAAGUAGAGCAAGAAGGAAUGGUAGAUGAUCUUGGAAGUGAAGAGGAGGAUGAAGAGGAUGGUGAGGAGGAGGAGGAGAGGAGGAGGAAGAGGAAGAGGAGGGAAACAGGUGGAGUAGAAGUGGAUGAGGUGGUGGAGGAGGAAGAUGAAGCAUUUGGAGAAGGUUCAACAGAUGAUGAUGAACAAGAGGGUGAUGUAAGUAAUUUGCAGAAUGAAGAGGAUGAAAUAGAUGAUGAAGAAGAUGAGGAAAGCACUUCUUUCAUAGAAGACCCAUUUUCCAAACAUUUUGAGCGCAAUAUGAGCGAUUCUGUAGCUGACCAAGUGAAAGACAGGAAGAAGUGGACGUCAAAAUUUGAAAAGUGGCCUGCGCUGGGGAGAGUGAAGGUGGAAGUUCCUUCUGUUGAGGUGACUGUCCCCAAGUUGCUUCUCCUCUCUGACAAAGCUGAAGCAGAUUGCGAUCUGAACAUUGGCACUGUACCGAAGAUCCCAAAGAAGAAGGAUUACAAACUGCAGGACUAUUAUGUCAGGAAGUUGCUGUGUGAGAAUCUCCCACAUGCCAACUUUGAUGGGAACUCCACGUGUCCCACAAGUCUUACGGAGACCCAGAAAGAGCUCCUGGCCAUCCUGUCCAAUUACUCGGACUUGUACUUCCCUGAGGCAACCCAUGAGAGAUGGGAAGAGAUCCGAACAGUGUACACACUUCAUGCUAUCAACCAUGUCCUAAAGACUAGGAAAAAGGUGCUCAAUCACAAUGGCAAGAUCAGCAAGGCUAAGCUGGAGAAGAGACACGAAGACUUGGACUGUUACCGAGAUCAAGGCUUCACCCGACCCAAAGUCCUCAUUCUCCUGCCUUUCAAACACACGGCCUACAGAGUGGUGGAGACCCUAAUCACGCUCACCCUUGAAGGGAAAAAAUCCAUUGUAACAAAUCACAAGCGCUUCAAGCAGGACUUUGGGCCAGGAAGUGAAGACGAGGGUGAAUUGGCUAACAAGCUCAACAGACCGGAUGACUUCAAUGAAAUUUUCAGAGGGGACACAAAGGAGGACUUCAAAAUUGGUGUCCAACUGACCAAAAGCAGUGUGAAGCUCUACGCUCCCUUCACCAGCUGCGACAUCAUUCUAGCAUCACCCCUUGGCCUUCGUUAUGUCAUCGGUGACUCCUUUUCAACCACUACUGCUGCGGAUUUCCUGACAUCAAUAGAGGUCCUUAUUCUUGAUCAGGCAGAUAUCUUUAUGAUGCAGAACUGGGAACACAUCCUAGUUCUCAUGGAAGCCUUGAACAAGCAGCCUCGAAACAUCCAAGAGCUGGAGACAGACCUCACGAGGAUCCGCCUCUGGUCCCUUGAUGGCCACGCCCCCUUGUAUCGCCAGACACUCCUCUUUUCGGCCACGCCCAUUGACCACAACCGAGCACUAAUCAGCAAAUGUAUGAACUUACAGGGAGACUGCAGGUAUUGUGUGACCAGACCUGGUACUUACAAAGAGGUUCUCGUGCCCUCAGAGCUGAUCCUAAGCCGUUUACCUGGUAUGCGUGACCCAGAUGUCCGUUUCAACUACUUCAUUCAAGAGUUACUACCACAAUUCCGAAGCAGUCGUCGCUACCACACCAUGCUCUAUAUCCCCGACUACUGUGACUACGUCCGCUUAGUGCGGUACCUGAAGGAGGAUGGAGGCACUAGCAUGUCCACUAUUAAUGAAUAUAUGGUUGGGCAAAAUAAUAAGGUGGCCAAGGCUCGCAGUCAGUUCUUUGAUGGAAAGCGCCAAUUCCUGUUGUACACAGAGCGAUUCCACUUCUACCGUCGCUACCGCAUCAAGGGUGUCAGGCACAUUAUCUUCUAUGAUCUCCCAAUCCCACACUUUUUCCCUGAGCUAUGCAAUCUCAUGGUUGACUGCCUGAAGGAGUGCCACCGUCAGAUCGAGAUCUGGACGCAGUCGAACGCGGAGUCGCUGUCCACGUCCACGUCCACCACCCCGACAGACAUGCAGGAGCACCGACCCCACCGGCGCGGCUGGCGCUGCCCGCCGGUGUCGGCGUGGGGCCGCCGCCCCUCCUCGGGCGCCGCCCCCGCCACGCCUUCAUGUGCACAAGCUAGUCGGGUCGCUAAUUUAUAUCGGAUAAACAUUGACAUAAGCUACUGCUGUUGCCUCCGCUGCUCCCGGCAACCGUUCCAGCACGAGCACGCCCUUCCACUGACGUUCCGUGGCCACCUCCCGGCGCUCAGCCCCCCGCGCCGCCGCCGCCCGGGCCCGGCCGAGCCCACAGCGCCCCCGCGGCCCCGGCGGCGCGCGCGCGCCCGGAGCACCGCGCCGAGAGCGACCUCAACGCCGGCUGAGAUCGCCACUGCCUUCGGAAUCGCCAAGGACUCCAUGCAUUUGUCUGAGGACUUCCUGUUCGUUAGGGGGACCAAGAAGCCGCCUGCCCUGAGGGCCUCCCGCGCCGCCGCCGGGAGGCCGAGUGCCGCCUGCCGCAGCCGCAGGCGACGGGAGGCGCGUGUGCGGCGCCAACGCCUCAGGCGCAACGGCACCAAAACUAGUGGAAACUUAAGGUUAAGUUGGCAACGAGGAAGGCUGAGACGGUUACACAACCACGAUUUUGGGGCCUUUUGUCACUCACGGGAAUUGACUGUUGCACGGAAGGAUACAGUCAAUCAGUCAGCCCUUCUAUUCUCUCCGAUUUGA